GGUCGCCUCAACAACAACUAACUAAAUUGCAUGAUAGACAACGAAACAUUUUCUCUCGGAAAUAAUAUAAUCCCGGUCGAUCGUGACUUCGCUUGAAGGGGCCACUGUCGCUAGGAGAUUUCCAGCAGCUCGAUGGCCGUUCUACAAAGGUUGAUCUGGGUUCUGUUGGGGUCGACUUUCGUGGUUGGCAACAAGUUUUCAUCUCCAUCUAAGAUCGAAACCCGUCAAAUACCCAGGCCCGGACAAAAGGGAAAACCUGUAACUUCGAACGUCAAGAGGAAGAACAAUGGAGGCGACCUAUUACUGAAUCCCUUAGCCGGUCCAAUGCUACCGUACUUCGACAAUAUUCAGUUCAGGUCUCCUUGUUUGGAUAGGAGGGACAUCAAGAUAUCCGUCGACACUGGGAGUAGCGACUUCUGGAUCGAUGCUAGUUUGUGGUGCAGGUGCGAGAAGGAGAGAAAGGAGGCAAGCAAGAUGUGUACUGAUAUUAGGAAACAACGGAAGUACAAGGAGUAUCGACUUCAGUACGAUGAUGAUUUCGAGGUUAUAGGAAACUACAUGGGUGGUGAGCUCUCAUUGUAUGACAGCGACAACAAUGAGUUCCUGCUGAAGAACAUUGGGUUUGUGGCUGCAUACGAUUUCAAAAACUCGCCGAAAGGUCCCAAUGCUAUGACCGGCAGUAUCGGAUUGGGUUUCACCAAUGAUCAACAGCUCAAAUAUGAGCUUGCGGAUGACGGAGGAGAAUUCCAAUAUUGGUCUCUGCCCGAGGUUUUGGAAAGGAAUCACAACACCAGUUCCAACGCCUUCAGCAUGUGGUUUGAAACGACUAGAGUUGAUGAAGACUUUGCUGCCAAGAUCAUGUUCGGAGGCUACGUCAAGAACUACUACGUCGAGCCCCUUGCAACUCUAAAAAUCAUCGGGGACAGGAAUUGGGUCGAUGAAUCGGGAGGCAGCGGGGGCCAAAAGAUCAUCGUUCAGCUUGACGAGAUCGGACACCGAGGAAAAAGAAUUUUCGACACAUGCGAUCAAUCCCAGCCAGUACUGCUUGAUACAGGCUCGUUCAGCAUUUUUCUUCCCCAUGAUGCCUACAUGAAGCUAAUACGGCGUAUGGGCACGCACCAGACGGUUGAGAACGGCAAUCGGAAGAUUGCAGUCUUUGAUGACUGCCGCAAGUGGGAGGAAUUAAACGAAAGCAUAGAUUUUCAUUUUGGGAACCGCAAAAUCUCUGUCCCAAUAUGGAACAACCUCGUCCGCUACCCUACCGCCGAUGAGGUCAAAUCCGGUGCUUAUCCUGCAAUCAAGUAUCCCAAAAAGCAAUGCUUGACUCAUGGGAUCGCGACAUGGCCUGCGGUAGCCUCCAUUGACAUUACAUUCGCCAUGUCAAGGAAAAGCCCAAACAGUUACAAAGAUCGCCGCUCCAUUCUCGGUAUAACUUUUCUUCGGCAUGCAUUCGUUGUGUAUGAUUUAGAUCAGAAGGAGGUCAACAUUGCCCCAAUUAGUCAAAAGGCCAUCGACAGCGAACCUGCCGACGAAUUCGAGUUCGACGAUAGGUUUAAAACCCACCAGGCACAAAUCGGGUUCGACCCUGUCAAACUUAGGGCAGAAAGAUGUAAGUAGAGAGCCAGACGAGAUGUCAUUGUAUAAAACGAGGAGGCGCAACUUUGUCAUAGUUAAAACCCCAAAAGAUCAUCCCAUUCACACUCCAAUUGCCUCUCCCGCUCCUCAAACUCUGUUUUCAACUGUAUCUCAACAUCCGCUUUAGCCAUGGUCUUUUCCAGAAUUUUCCUCCGGUCUAGUUUUUCCUGCUGUAGCUCGCUAUCCUUCGCGUUGAGGAUGUCUCUCUUCGAUGGCCCUGGAGGCAGUCCUACAAAAGUGUCAGAAGUGUGGAUACCAUGUCUGAGCGCAUGAGCUCAAUGUCAAAGACAAACCUUUCUUCAAUCGCGCGCCUGGGCGUCGGAUACCCUCGUGUGAAUUGUCACUCUUGUCCCAGGCGGAUUUUUUGACAGUCCGGCC